AUCAAACACACCUUAUCCCCGAAGUUAAUCUCAUCUUAUCUCUAAUCACAUCACUAAUCAAACCUGAUUAAGGUUGACCCAUAUUUCUUUAGGGAUGGAUCCAAAGAGAUCUUUUCUAUUAGCCCUCUUCAUAUCUUUCAAUCUCUUGUUUUUUACUCAUGUGAGCAGCUGCAACACUUGCGUGCAACCCAAGCCAAUCCCUAACCCUAACCCUACUAAGAGGAGCUGCCCUAGAGACGCCCUGAAACUCGGAGUUUGCGCCAAAAUACUCGACGGGGCCGUGGGGACAGUGGUCGGAGGCCCACCGGACAUGCCUUGUUGCUCGGUCCUCCAAGGCCUCGUCGAUCUAGAAGCCGCUGUUUGCCUUUGCACCGCCAUUAAAGCCAACAUUUUGGGGAUUGACAUUAAUAUUCCCAUCUCUUUGAGUUUGCUCAUCAACACUUGCGGCAAAAGCCUUCCCCCCGAUUUCGUUUGCGCUUGAAACCUAACACAUUGAGUGUUUCGAUUUGUGUUUUGGUCUCGUUUCGGUUAUUCUGGUUGCGUUCCCGUUUCGGCUGUGUAAUAAUUUAGUACUGCUUUGGGAUAUCGUUUCUCAUUGUACCCUAGCUUUUGUCAUUGUGUAGCCUCGAUUGCUUCUCUGUUGUGAAAAGGACUCGUCGGUCCUUAUUUGCUUCGUAAAAGACUUCAUCGCUUUCAAGAUUCCGUAAGUUUGUCUUGUUCGAAAUGUUAAUCAAGAUUCCAAUUAUUGUGUU